AUUAAAUCUAAUAUUAUUGAUUGAAAUACAAUUAACAAUUUAGCCAAAAUCAGUUUUUCUUUGAAAAGCCCAUCAAAUAGCUUAAAAUUUAAAUUUAGGUUCAAAACAAAUCAUAACAUCUUUCCUGAAUGAAUUUAUUAUAUCCAGCUCCAUUGUUUUGGGUUCUGGUCUUGCCUCCUUGCGACUAAAGGAGAUGAGUGAAUAGGCAAAGUAUCCGGAGGUGUGGAAAGAGCAGGACCCCUGUGAGAGCUCAUCAAUCGAGAAAAAUCUGUAGAUCGAGUUGAAAUUGAGCUGCGGGGAUGGUGGUGGCAUCUGGAACAAAUGCCUUCGCCAAGGAAAUGGCCAUCAGAAAACGAAUUGCCGGCAUUUAUAACAAAAGAGAGGAAGAUUUCCAGUCUUUAAGGGAAUACAAUGACUACUUGGAGGAAGUUGAGGACAUGGUAGUUAAUUUAGUCGAUGGAGUAGAUGUUCCUGCUAUUGAAGCAAGAAUCGCCGAGUACCAGAGAGAAAAUGCAGAACAGAUCAUGAAUGCUCAAGCCCGCAAGGCUGAAGAAUAUGCAGCUGCUUUGGCAGCAAGCAAGGGUCAACUUCCGCAGACGGGUGUUGAUAUCUCAUCAUCAAGCUCCCAAGCAGGGCCGAGUAGUGUUGCUCAAGGCCAAUACGCGCCAGCAGUUGCUGGCGGAAUCACACAGCCCCGUCCAGUGGGCCCUCAGCCAGUCCCUCUUGGGCCUGGACUUGAUGCAUUGGGCCUUGAGUACGAAGAUGAAGAGGCCAUGAAACUCCGGGUUGAAAAGGCUGCCAGAGCGGGUGGGUGGAGUUUGGAGAUGAGCAAAAAACGGGCGCUUGAUGAAGCUUUUGCUAGCAUUUGGAUAUGAUAAUUACAGUUUUGAACUUUCGAUUAUAAGCUUCGAUACUGCAAUUCUUUGAGGUUCGAUCUGUAGUUUCCUGAUAAAUUUUUGCUUUAUUACUCGAAAUUUUGUUAGAAUUGUUGAGCAUAAACCGGGUGAUGAUCAACAGAUUAUGUGACUCAGGAGUAGUGAGAGCUCCAUUUUCUAAUCACAUCAGUAUCUCUUUGGUGUGUCAAGUGUGCAUGUGUUAGUUUUUCUUCAUCUUUUA